AUGUCUUUAAAACAUCUUAUCAAGUGUGAGAACAAUACUACUACUACUACUACUACUACUACUACUACUACUACUACUACUACUACUACUACUACUACUACUACUACUACUACUACUACUACUACUACUACUACUACUACUACUACUACUACUACUACUACUACUACUACUACUACUACUACUACUACUACUACUACUACUACUACUACUACUACUACUACUACUACUACUACUACUACUACUACUACUACUACUACUACUACUACUACUACUACUACUACUACUACUACUACUACUACUACUACUACUACUACUACUACUACUACUACUACUACUACUACUACUACUACUACUACUACUACUACUACUACUACUACUACUACUACUACUACUACUACUACUACUACUACUACUACUACUACUACUACUACUACUACUACUACUACUACUACUACUACUACUACUACUACUACUACUACUACUACUACUACUACUACUACUACUACUACUACUACUACUUCUACUACUACUACUACUACUACUACUACUACUACUACUACUACUACUACUACUACUACUACUACUACUACUACUACUACUACUACUACUACUACUACUACUACUACUACUACUACUACUACUACUACUACUACUACUACUACUACUACUACUACUACUACUACUACUACUACUACUACUACUACUACUACUACUACUACUACUACUACUACUACUACUACUACUACUACUACUACUACUACUACUACUACUACUACUACUACUACUACUACUACUACUACUACUACUACUACUACUACUACUACUACUACUACUACUACUACUACUACUACUACUACUACUACUACUACUACUACUACUACUACUACUACUACUACUACUACUACUACUACUACUACUACUACUACUACUACUACUACUACUACUACUACUACUACUACUACUACUACUACUACUACUACUACUACUACUACUACUACUACUACUACUACUACUACUACUACUACUACUACUACUACUACUACUACUACUACUACUACUACUACUACUACUACUACUACUACUACUACUACUACUACUACUACUACUACUACUACUAAUAAUAAUAAUAAUAAUAAUAAUAAUAAUAAUAAUAAGGAUAGAUAA